AAUAGCAACCAAUCAGACGCGAGCUCUUCUUGUAUAUAAAAACCAUCCAAGGACGCUUAAUCCGGACACCAGAAUUAGUGUUGGUGUGUUCAUUCUUAGGUCGAAAACGGAUCUUUGUCUCUUUACCCAAAGAAACGAAAAAUAAGGUGAACGCAAUCAUGCCUUUCGGUAACACCCACAAUCUGCUGAAGAUGAACUACUCCGCUGAGCAGGAGUACCCCGACCUCAGCAAACACAACAACCACAUGGCGAAGGUGCUGACGCUGGAGAUGUACGAAAAACUGCGGGAUAAACAAACGCCCAGUGGAUUUACUUUGGAUGACGUCAUCCAAACCGGGGUGGAUAACCCAGGCCAUCCCUUCAUCAUGACUGUAGGCUGUGUGGCAGGAGAUGAAGAAACUUAUGAAGUCUUCAAAGAUCUGCUGGACCCUAUCAUUGAGGAUCGACAUGGAGGAUAUAAGCCCACAGACACACACAAGACUGACCUGAACCCAGAUAACUUGCAGGGUGGGGAUGAUCUGGACCCAGACUACGUUCUGAGUUCCCGAGUCCGAACCGGAAGGAGCAUCCGCGGCUUCUGCCUGCCCCCCCACUGCAGCCGUGGGGAGCGACGCGGCAUUGAGAAUCUUUCGAUUGAAUGUUUAAGUGUCCUGGAUGGGGACCUGAAAGGGAAGUACUAUGCUCUAAAGGACAUGACAGAAGAAGAGCAGCAGCAGCUGAUUGAUGACCACUUCCUGUUUGACAAACCAGUCUCCCCCUUGUUGUUGGCCUCUGGGAUGGCCCGUGACUGGCCCGAUGCCAGGGGAAUCUGGCACAAUGACAACAAGACCUUCUUGGUUUGGGUGAAUGAGGAAGAUCAUCUCCGUGUUAUCUCCAUGCAGAAGGGCGGGAACAUGAGGGAGGUGUUCACCCGCUUCUGCAACGGCCUCACACAGAUUGAGUCCCUAUUCAAGGAGAGAAGCCAUGAGUUCAUGUGGAAUGAACACCUUGGCUACGUGCUCACCUGCCCCUCUAACCUAGGCACCGGCCUUCGCGGUGGCGUGCAUGUCAAGCUGCCCAACCUCAGCAAGCAUGAGAAGUUUGGCGAGAUCCUCAAGAGGCUGAGGCUCCAGAAACGAGGCACAGGGGGAGUAGACACUGCAGCUGUGGGCGGCGUCUUCGACAUCUCCAACGCUGACCGCCUGGGCUUCUCUGAGGUGGAGCUGGUACAGAUGGUGGUGGAUGGAGUGAAGCUGCUGGUGGAGAUGGAGAAGCAUCUGGAGAAGGGCCAGUCUAUUGAUGACCUCAUGCCAGACCAGAAGUGAACUCCUUUCAUAUCUGCCCCCCACCCCCAGUCCAUCCCAUCCCCUACCGUCCACAUGCCCUACCCCCCUCACCCCACCAGCUGAACCCUUCAAAACAAGUUAAUCUUAACUACAUCAAGAAAUACACUCCGACCAAGCGUUGGUGGCACUUAAGUUAGGAGAGUCUUCCAUCAGUGUGAUCAAGGAUUUUUGUAUCAGACAUCUUAGUGUUGAAGAUGGAUCUUAACACCUGAAAUAAAGGCCUGUGGAAAACA